AUGAUGGCGGAAAAGACGUGCGCGACGGAUGUCGAGAACGCUGCAGGCUACGCUGAGCCCGGCGAGCUCGACCCGGCCCGUGAGGCUAGCGAGAAGGCAUUGGUUUGGAAGCAGGAUGUGAGGAUUGUACCUUUAUGUGCCGCGAUCUAUCUUCUGUGUUACUUGGAUCGGUCUAAUAUCGGGAAUGCGAAAAUCCUUAAUGAGAAUACCGGCAAUGACCUCCUGUCGGAGACGAAUAUGACUUCGUACCAGUAUACUAUUGCACUCAUGGUGUUUUUGAUCGCGUAUGCAUUGUUCGAGGUGCCAUCAAAUUACUUUUUGAAGAAGCUUCGACCAAGUCGAUGGAUUGCGUUCCUAAUGCUUUCCUGGGGCGCAACGACUAUGGGUCUCGGAGGUGUUCACAAUUAUGCCCAAGUGACCGGCCUACGGUUUUUGCUCGGUGUCAUGGAAGCAGGCCUUUUCCCCGGCUUCGUCUACUACCUGACCUUUUGGUACCGAAACUCCGAGAGAUCCAUGAGGGUAGCCUUGAUUCUAGCCUCGGCAACGCUUGCGGGCGCUUUCGGCGGCGCAAUCGCCUAUGGUGUAGGCCAUAUGAAUGGUGCACACGGUCUUUCCGCCUGGCGAUGGCUGUUCAUCAUCGAGGGCGCGCCGUCUUGCGCUUCAGCGGUGCUGGUGUGGUUUUUCCUACCAGACUACCCUGAGUCUACGCAUUGGCUUUCUGCCGAGGAAAAGGAACUUGCAGCAGAUCGCUUGAGACUGGAAGGGUCUCAAGGCUCUGCAAGCGCAAUGUCAUGGGCUGAUGCGAAAGCAGUGCUGGUCGACUGGCGGUUAUACGCCCAUUAUGCCGUGUACUUUGGCAUCUCGACGCCAUUCUCAAGUCUUUCUCUUUUCACACCGGCUAUCACUGCUGGCCUGGGAUAUUCUAAUUUACGCGCCCAGCUUAUGACUGUGCCUCCAUACGCUGUUGCGUACGUUGUGACGGUAACCGUUGCAUGGUCUGCAGACCACUUUAAUAGUCGCGGACUUCACUCCGCUGUUUUUUCCUUCAUCGGUGCAAUGGGUUUUCUGGCCUCCGCUGUCCUUCCUGCGGAGGAAUAUCUGCACCGCUAUGGCUGUCUGAUAGUCGCAGCCAGUGGCGCAUUCGCCUGCAUUCCCCCACUCCUGGGCUGGCUCUCUUCGAAUGUCCGCUCCACGGCCGGCGCGGGUCUAGCCAUCGCGUUGAAUGUCUCCUUCGGCGCACCGGGUCAGAUCGUUGGUGUUUGGAUCUACAAGAGCAACGAAGCGAAGAGGGGUUAUCCGACGGGCCACUGGACGAAUGCGGCAUUACUGCUGUUCGUUGCGGCUGGGUGUGUCCUCCUGCGGUUGUAUUAUGGGUGGAGAAAUAAACGGGGCUUUGGUGAUGGGACUGGCAAGAAGUUUGCAUAUUAG